AAAACCAGGAAUAAGGCUUAUUGAUGUGAGUUGGAACUUACAAUUUCUCACUCAGCUCAACUUUUCCCUUCUCUCUAUUUUCUCUAUCAUUUUGUCCGAUUUUAAAUUGUGUUGCCUCGUAUUUUAUAAUUAACCUUAUAUUCCUGGAUAUUUUAAAGUAACUAAACAAUUCAAAUGUUCCUCUGGGAUUGGGUGACUGGAGUUCUCGGUUUUUUAGGCCUUUAUAAGAAAAGUGGUAAAUUGUUGUUCCUGGGAUUGGAUAAUGCAGGUAAAACAACGUUACUUCAUAUGCUUAAAGAUGAUCGAAUGGCUCAACACGUACCUACAUUGCAUCCUACUUCUGAGGAGUUGGCCAUUGGUAACAUAAGAUUCACUACCUUUGAUCUUGGUGGACAUCAUCAAGCUCGUAGAGUAUGGAAAGAUUAUUUUCCUGCUGUUGAUGCAAUUGUUUUCCUCAUUGAUGCUCAUGAUACAGACCGGUUCCCAGAGUCAAAAGCUGAAUUAGACAGCUUACUAACUGACGAACAGUUAUCGAAUGUACCUGUUUUGAUUCUUGGAAAUAAGAUUGAUAUUCGCGGAGCUGCUAGUGAAGAUUCUAUUAGAGCAUAUUUUGGUCUUCAUAAUGUAACUACUGGCAAGGGUAAAGUUUCACGAUCCGAAUUACCAGGUCGACCAGUUGAACUUUUUAUGUGUAGUGUGUUGAAAAGACAAGGGUAUGGUGAAGGCUUCCGGUGGAUAGCUCAAUAUAUUUAAAUUAGGUCAAAUUUAAGUGAAAAAACAAACCCUAACGAAACCAAUCUAUUAACACCAACUGUCUAUUACAAAGAUAAUAUUACUGCAAAUGUUUACGAAAAUGGAAAAAAACAUCACCCAUUUACAUUUUUUCAUCGUGAAAAUAUUUAAAGAAAAAAGGGGUUUUAAAAUGGAUUAUAAAUUCUCCUUUGAAUACACAUCUUUUUAUUAAUUAUAAA